GAUCUGUGAGUCGUGGUUCUGUUUACAUGUUCUGGAGGUACGCUCCUCACGUUUCGCUUCAUUAGGAGUCAAAUACGAUUACUUGUAGAGACGUGUAACAAAUAGUUUAUUGUCGGGAAAGAUGUUCGUAUUCCACAUGCUUAUGUACAAAUUGUUCAAACUUUUAGAGGUGAAACGGCAGCGCUAACUUGCUAAUUUUAACUUCACUCUAUCCUCAUGGUGUCAGUGAAAGGGAUGUACUCAUUUGGGAUUAACAGACAACUCCACCAUAAGCUACUUAUUACAUUAUAAAGGUGGUUUACUAAACUAAAGGCUUAGUGUUGAUCCAGUCAGAAGUUAAACACCCGAUAUUAGCUGUUAAAUAAAAAAAUAGUUACGACUCAGUGUGUUGGCUCCUUUUUUUGUCAGAAGCGGCCACCCAGUCCCUGCAGGGCUGGACCACCUGACAGCUGCUCAGGAUGAGCUCAGAGCCAGCCAGCAUUGAGAGCCUGCGUGUGUUGUACCAGAGCGACGACUACAUCAUUGUGGACAAGCACUGGGAUAUCCGCAUAGACAGCAAGAUGUGGUAUGAAAAGCAGACUGUGCAGAUGCAGCUGCAGCAUCACUUCCCCCAUCUGGCAGACCCCAGGACCUACUAUGGCUUCAGGUUUUGUCACCAGUUGGAUUUUUCCACCAGCGGAGCUCUUUGUGUCGCUCUCAAUAAGGCUGCUGCUGGAAGGGCGUACCGCUGCUUUAAGGACCGUACCGUCACCAAAGCCUACCUGUCUUUGCUUCGUGGAUGGGUGGAAAAGGAGACACAAACUCUGGACUUCGCCAUCGGCAAGAACUCCAUGGAGGGAAAAACACACAUGAUGUGCAUUGAAGGAAGUGAAGGUUGUGAGAACCCAAAGCCUUCCCAGACUGAGCUGACAGUGUUGGAGUACGGGGUGUAUGACGGAGACCCGGUCACCAAGGUGCUGCUGCAGCCACUCACUGGUCGGACCCACCAGUUAAGGGUCCACUGCAGCGCCAUCGGACACCCCAUCGUCGGAGACUUCACCUACAGCCUGGGAGCGGAUGACUCUCCGUACCGAAUGAUGCUGCACGCCUACCUCCUCCACAUUCCCCUGCAGCCUCAGCACCUUCUCGUCACCGCCGCAGACCCCUUCGUCCCGGCGGUCGACCCCAAGUGGGUCUCGCAGCGCUCACUGCGGACAGUGGAGGCCACCGUUGACGCCGUUCUGGAGCACAGAAAGACUGAAGAGAGGGAACGCGAGGAGGCGAGAAGAGAGGAGGAGGAGGAGAAGAAGAGGAAGCAAAGUAAGCAACGAAGGACUGAGGAGCAGAGCGAGGAGCAGAGGCGGGUCUGCCAGGAGUGGCUGAGUGAAUGGGCCGCAGACUGACGGGUUUUAAUGGUUUCGGUUUAAUUUAUUGUAGCAGUCCACUCCAAAAAAGCAUGUUGGGCAUGCUUUUAAAAGACGAGGGGCAACCCGCGGUGCAUUAAAGAGAAUGAACGAGCGACGUAAAAAGGCAUGUUAAUGAAUAUUUUAUGCUGCACUUAAAAUGAUAAUUCUUGGAUCGUUCUUCCACAGAAAGUGAAGUAAAUAUUUACUUCACCGCAGCUAAAAAUUAAGUGCCUUCACUCAUUAUUUUCACUUCUGUUUUUUUACGAGGUUUAAAUUUAACUUCUUUUGUUCAACAAUAAAAAAAACAAAUCACUCCUUUUAUGCCGUUAGAUUUUGUUUGCUGAUCCAUGUCAUGUAGGUAAAGAAGUUUCAUUGACGUGUGUUUGUUGCCAUAUAAUGUAUGUUGUUGAGGAAAUUCCAAUUAAAACCUGCUGUAUGCAUCUCUGCUGCUAAGUA